AUGGAUAGAACAACAAAAAAAGCAGAGCGUAAAGCUCGAAAGCCUGGUCCUCGGAGCGAUCUCGUGGUUUUGGGAGCCCGGCCACAGCAUGGCGGCCCAGCUUGGCUUCCUAGAAGGGAUAGACCGAUCACACCACCUUUAGGAAUCAGUGAGUCUGACGGCAAAGAAGGUUGGAAGACUGUAUCACAGACGGGUGCAUUCUUCACGAAAUUGCCUCUGGAGAUAAGGAGGAGAAUAUACGAUUUUGCGCUCGGCGAAGAGAUGCUCAGAGUCGAAGUCGAUGGCGCAGAGCUAGAUAUGUGGCGCUGCAACGGGUGGACGAAGAAGUUCUGGGCCGAUGAUGGAGGGUGGAAAAGGCAGCAAGGCCCCGGCUGGAAGUUUUUGAACUAUCCCCCCGAGGAGCACAAGAAGGGGCGCAAAAGAAGAUCGCGCAAGGCUGCCAUCAAUCUGUUGUGCACUUGUCGUCAGGUGUAUCUAGAAGCCAUCGGCUCGAUCUACGAGUCCCAGACUUUCGUGCUGGCCAUUGGUCCACACGAGGAGAGAGUUCAUCAGCAUGACAAACCAACGCUUCUGUAUUUGCCGUACUUCAUUCUCCCUCAGCGCCUCAAUCAGUUACGUCGUCUUUAUAUCCACUGGAACCUGUCUCCGUCGACGUUGCACAUUGGCAUCGCAGACGAGACAUUGGCCUGGUGGAAGGAGUGCUGGCACUUCCUUUCCACGCUGCAGGGCCUGAACGAGCUUCUGAUAAGGUUUCAAUGCAGAGACGGAGAGCACAGUCGCUGGGAUUGGGCACCUCUGGAAGCGCAAUUAGCAGACUACAUAAAGAAAAUCAGGGUGAAGAAGAGGUUUGUGGUGGUCUUGCCAUUUCCAGAGAGUGCCAUAGGCAACAUGUAUUUGGAUGGCGAGGAAUCGAGAUGCGAGGUACGAGUCGCUGAGAGAGAACCUGAAUCGGCGACAUGA